ACCAUGAAAGCACGUUUCGGAUCACGCCUUCAACAUAAUUAAUAAUUCCGGUUCUUAUAUAAACCGGCAAAAGCAGUAACACAAGCGCUAUAGCUUCUGUCAUCGUUGCGGUGUGACACAUUCUACUUGGCCACACGAACCGCAGUUCUGAUUUGUUAAAAAGAUGUCGCUGAUUGCGAUAGCCAUUGCUUUAUCACUGACGACGCUGCGGAUAUCAGCCCUGAAUGUGACAAUCGUCAGUCUGCAGACAGGCGACCCAGGCGUGGCCAUUGGUCUGCCGUGGACGGGCGCUGCACUGCAGAUCGCUGUACAGCACGUCGACCGGUAUUACGCACAACAGGGCCUUGAUGUGCAAGUGUCUCUGAAACAGAUCAAUGCGCUGGCUGGGCAUUCGUGCAUCACGGGUCCCACGGUGGCCAACAAUCUUCUGGCGCAGUUUUACUAUGGUGCAGCUCGAUCAGACGUUUGCUACGGAUUAAUUAGUAACGGCUGUGCGGAUUUCCCUCAAGUGACCUCUUUGGCAGCAGAAUGGGACUGGCUGGUUUUCAACAACGGCGCAUCUGAUCCAACGACAAAAAAUGUCCUGAACACCGCCGGCACGAUGGACGCUCUUGGUACGGCCACCUUAAGUGUCAUUCGGCAUUUCCGCUGGCAGCAUGUAACGGUACUGGCCGAUACCGAUCCCAAAAUGACCAUUUUAUACGCGCGCAUGGCACUGGCGUUUAUCCAGCGGGCGAAGAAAGCAGGCAAUUCAUUGGAACUGGAUAUAGCGUACUCGGAGUUCAGCGGACUGCAAAACAGCACCAUUCAAAAAGCGUUGCAAAUGGCCAUAGGAAGAAGUCGAGGAACUGAUUAG